AUGCCACUACGAAGCUUCGAGACGCAAUCCGCUGGGUCUGGGCGAAAACGCCGCGGCUCUCUCGGCCAAGAACAUGACACAGCGACUACCGCGACUACCGCGGCCGAAGACAUCAACGCCAAGGUGACUCCUCACAGACUAUGCGCCGUGUGCACGGCAACUAUUUCCAAGUCGCACCUCCUCAACGACCGCAUAGGUGAAAUCAAGAUGACAUUCGAUUCAUGGGGGUGCACUGAAAGGCGGGAGCAGUUCGCCCAUCAGCCCUCUCUCGAAGCUUUGAAAUCCUCGGCUAGGGAUGGGUGCCAUUUAUGCUCUCUCCUCUGCCCAAUAGCCCCCGAGAGAUCCCUCGACCAGGUCAUUGAUGACGAGCAAAAGGGGGCCGACAACGACAACGACAACGACAACGAUGUCCCCGACCCAAUGGAGGGCUACGGCCCCCACCCCUUGAGCGCCCUCAACGUAACGCCUCAGGUCCGUCAGGAGAGACAACGGCGACGACAGCGUCGUACGGAGCAGUUGGAUCGCAUAAAAGACGGCCCGUCCGUUGACAUUGCGGGUGUUGCUUUGCAAUUCACGUGGGGCUGUAGGGAGUGGGAGGAAAGGAUCGAGGCAAAAUCAGGUUCUUUUGUGUCGAUCAACCUAGAGCUGGAUUGGCACCUGAGCUAUCCAAUGGAGAGAAAUGGCCGGAAGGCCUUAUUCGUAUACCGUACUGAGUAUUUACGGUCAGGGGGUGAAAAGUGGGAAGCAAAUCGGGAGGACCCCAUCGAUGUUGUUCAUGACGCCCAGAUAAGCGUGUCUACCGGAUCGGACGCUUCGUUCAACCUGGCGAAACACUGGCUGGCUAAGUGCAAAAGGGAGCACGCUGUUUGUCGAAAAGCUGUACGGUCGGCCAGCAGGUUUCCUACGCGGCUGUUGGACCUAGGAUCUGGGAAGAAGGACCAGACCAUUCGGCUACGCGUGGGCCUUGGGAGAAAAGAAUUCGUGUCUCUCAGUCACCGCUGGGGUGACUCGCAGCCAUUACGCCUCCUCCAAAGCAACUUUGAGGCUUUCAAGAAGGAAAUCAGGCCAGAGGAUCUCCCGAAAACGUUCCGGGAUGCAGUCGCGAUCACGCGGGAGCUCGGGUACCAGUAUCUAUGGAUCGACUCACUCUGCAUCAUUCAAGACUCCAAAGAGGAUUGGAUGACGGAAUCGGCCAUCAUGGGGCAGAUAUACCGGUGCUCAGCGCUGAACAUCUCUGCUGGGGGUGCCCAAGACAGCAGCUCAGGGUGCUUCGUCACACGAGAGCCUUUGCAACACAGAGCGUGCAUCCUGACAGGCGAUGCCACGGCCGGCUUUUGCGUCCCGCGGCGCUGCCCGAACGAAUGGAGCAGCUCCGACGGCUCCAGCACCAUAUCCCGCGGCUGGGUAUUUCAGGAGCGGAUGCUCGCACCGCGCACCCUUCACUACAGCCGUAAGACAAUCUCCUGGGAGUGCAUCUGCCUCGACGCAACCGAAGGCCGGCCGGAAGGCGAUACGUGGAACUGGGAGCAGGACCGACGAUACCGCAGACCCAAGGAGAUAUUCCAAACCCUCUGCGACUUCCAACGCCCAGCCGAGGAGAACCCUACUACAUUCCCUCUCGCCAACAACAAGGACGUAGAAACCUUCUACUCCGCUUGGAGCGAGCUUCUCAAGGACUACUCCCACAAGAAGCUAACGCAGGGCAGCGACAAACUCGUCGCUCUACACGGCGUAAUGAGCAUCGUUGCCGAGUCGACGGGACUGCGCCAGGCUGUAGGCAUGUGGCUCGAUUACCUCCAUCUCGACCUAAUAUGGAGCACAUGGAGCCCGGCCUCAAAGCGGCCCGAAUUCUACGACCCGACCAAAUACCGCGCUCCAAGCUGGAGCUGGGCCUGCGUCGACUCGGGUGUGCGGCUCGACUGUCAUGACCUGCACGGCGGGCGCUACGAGAACAUCCUCGGCUUGUCCAUGUGGACGUCAUACACGCUCACCGCGCAGUUCCGGGUCGCCGAGGUGGUUGUCUCGGCGCAGCCCAACGGGCAGGCUUCGUACGGUCACCUUGCUAUCGAAGGGCGUAUCAGGAAGAUGGAAUGGAGUGAGAACUCGGGCGUCGAAGGCUUCAAGCACAACAGGCAGGCCCGGAGCGUGUCGGACCAGUGGUCGCCCGACUUUUUGCGUGCCACAUCGCUCGAGAAUUGGGGGCUGCUGCUCCUGGAGGGGACCGGGACAGAUACGAAGGAUGUGCGGGUCGAUGUCAUUAUGGCUCUGGAUAGGGUCGAGGCUGAGGGUGGCAAAAGGUGGGUGUUUAGGAGGGCGGGCCUUGUUCAGCAGUAUUACUGGAAGCGCGAUACAUAUCCUGUUUUUCGGGAUGGUAGAGAGGAGGUGAAUGAGCGGAUCUAUCUCAUUUGA